GGCGCGUCCCACGGGCCGGCAGAGGCGGGAGGGCGGCCGUCGGGGAAGGAGGGUAGCGCUCGGCUCCGCUCCGGUUUAACUCCGUUCACCGCGGGACAUAUCGCUCGGCGCUACGCGGCACAAGCGAGGUGACAAAAUGCCGGUGUCAAGAAUGCGCAUGAGGCCCUGGUUGGAAAUGCAGAUUAAUUCCAAUAAAAUACCAGGCCUGGUAUGGAUUAACAAGGAUAAGAUGAUGUUUCAGAUCCCGUGGAAACAUGCAGCUAAGCACGGCUGGGACAUGGAGAAAGAUGCCUGCCUCUUCCGGAGCUGGGCCAUUCAUACAGGAAGAUACAAAAUGGGUGAGAAAAACCCUGACCCGAAAACCUGGAAGGCCAACUUCCGCUGUGCGAUGAAUUCCCUGCCUGACAUCGAAGAAGUGAAGGAUAAAAGCAUCAACAAAGGCUCCAGUGCUGUCAGGGUUUACAGGAUGCUGCCACCCCUGACGAAGGACCAGAAGAAGGAAAGGAAGUCAAAGUCUUCAAGAGAAGCAAGAAACAGGAGCAAGAGAAAGCCGUACGAAGACAUGAGGACGGAGGAGGCAGCAGAAAGGCUAACCAACACUCCUCUGCCCGAUGACCACAGCGGCUACACCGCGCACGACUACGCGGGGAAGGAAGUGGAGGUUGAGAGCGCGCCCAUCGCUUUAGGCCUCUCCUGCUGUGAGGUGAGCAACUCCCUGACUGACUGGAGGCCGCCGAUGGAGAUCACCAUGGCUGACAGCACCAACGACCUCUACCCGCUCCAGGUGUCCCCCCUGGCUUCGUCCUCAGAAGCAGUCACCGACGAAGAUGAAGAGGAAAUUGCUCCAGACAUUUUAAAGCUGCUAGAGCCCACGCAGGACUGGCACACCACCAGCGUGGGGGGCAAAGGCUUCCUCACCAACGAGCCGGGCACCCAGACCAUGGGCACCUACAGCUACAAGGAGCAGGACGGGGAGAUCGACACCACCUCAGGAGACAUGGAGCUCAGGUUCUUUGACCAGAAAACUGUCCUGGACUUCUCCUGGCUGGACACAGUGAGACCUACCAUGCAAGUCAUUCCCUGCAGCUUGUAAACCCCCUUGGCUUCCCCCCACCACGAACUGCUCUCGGGUAGAAACUUUGACCAGCCUGAAGAAAAUGGAAGAAAUUUGUUUUGUUACUGACUGAAGGAAGAAAGUAGCUUUUAUAUUCCGUUUUUAACUUUUUAAGGCCUGAAGAGGGUAGCGAGGGGAAAACUCCAUGAUAAAUGUUUCAGGAAAAAAACAACCCACCCCAGGAUUCCCAUCUCAUGAUGAGGAGUCCUGGCCUGGAGGAUGCUCAGCCUCAGGUGGUUUUGGAGGUGAAGCUUUUUCUGGAAGGUUCCCGAUGUGCCGUGGGACUUGGGGGGGAAGGUGUGUGUGUGCUGGGGGAUGGGGGCCGAGGGUACCGGCCUCCCCCCGGUGUGAGAUGUGAUGAGCACUUUACCCACGGGGUGCUGAGGAGAGAUGCUGCAGAGGAGUCUCUUACCUGUUAGUUUUUUUUGGUUGCUGCUUACCUGUGCGACACUGGGGACAUAGAAGCUUGUCGACUGUCAUUACACUUAGCCAGAGAAAUUGCACUAAUUGGCCCUCUCGUCCUUGAUUUUGCCGCAUCACGUAGUUCACCUUUUCAGAUCUUUCAGAACUCUGUAAAUACUACUUAGACCAGUAAAAAAAAAUGUGAAAAAUUCAGUUUUAGGCUUUGCUUCUACAUAGUACACUUAUCCCGGUCCACGCGUGGGACGUUACCUGCUGGUAGGCAUGCCGUGGCUGUGGCCGUGCAAGAGUUGAAGAGCUGCCACAUAGAACAAUUUUUUUUGCACUGAACAGGGGCAGAACUCUUUAUUUAUGCCGUGCCUUUGGAGGGCCCAUCCAGCACUCUGCCAGGACCCCCACAGUACUGUAUGCAGCCCCCUGCAUCACCCCCUGGCAUCCCCCCCGGGCCGGUCCGAGCAGGAGUGCAGGAUGGAGGAGGUUCUAGUUUUGUGUGUAGUACAGUAAGAAUCGAAUCACUAAGCUGUAACAGAAUAUUUUUCUUGUACAUUUUAUUUUUGUAUAUAAAGUGGUGUAUAUUUGUUUUAAUAAAAAUGUUUUAUAUAUGACA